AUCGCCGGCCUGAAUCAAGUAUACCGCACUUUAUCCGAUGUCCUGUUUCCAAAAGUGGAAAUAUCUGAUAGCUCUUUGUUCUCCCAAUUGGAUUUGCAUCGUGUGAGCGCCUAGCUGUUGCUUUUGACAUAUAUCAAGUAGGCCACGGCUGAGCAGGCUGUCCGGGCUUUCCUCUCUUGCAUCUACGCUAGUGCUAUGGCUCCCAAAAGAAAACCCUCGUCUCAAAAUCCCAUCCUCGCGCCGUCUUCUGGUGAUUCGCAGUCAUCACAACCCUCCACUUCCUCACUUCCCCAGAUUCGUUUUACAAGAGUUCGGAUAGACCGAGACCAUGACGACACCAGCUAUGUUCAACGUGAUAGAUCGGGAGGUCCCAAUCUUCAGCCUCCCGGGGUCCCAUCUACGUCACGUUCCCCCAGCAGAUCCCGAGGUUCGAAACGACGGACGUCUCCGGGGCGCCGUUUAAUGAGGGAUCCUAGAGGAAAUCCUCAUUCCAACCUAUUGGACCCACCGAAUCUCCCAGAGUCUACGCCAACCACACCCGAUCUUUCAACCCUUCGUGGCUGGGAGCCACCGCUACUCCGCCCUCUGCGGAGUAUUGACAAUCCGCGCUCGGCGCCCAUAACAUAUCUCAUUCAUGACCCCGAUGCAAUCCUCAAUGCACACACAGAGAGAGAGCACCCAGGUAUGGACUCGCCUCCUCCCCCGAAACCAGCAUCGUCGGCCGUCCCAGCUGGUGAUCGAAAGAAAACGGCUCUCAGCGCUACAAAGCUCCUACUCCAAACCGCAUCCUCUGCUCUCAAGAUAUCCCCUAUUCCAUAUGUCAGCCAAAUCCUGGACCUCCUUCUGACGUUGCUCCAAGCCUACGAGGUUCGCAUAGCAUUUUGGUUUUGUGGUUGAUCAGUGAUCGGGUGACACAUUUUUUUCUCACCCACACAGACCGUUGACAGCAACAACGAAAGCCUUAAGGGCCUUAAUGACGAGGUCAGAAAGGCUUACACUGCCAUUCUGCGGCCACUCGA